AUCCAAAAACACCAAAACCCAACUCAUUCAUUUCUCUCUCUCUCCUACCUGUUCUACUCCACAAAUUCCAUUCUCCUCGCCACCAUCGCCUGGUGGCUCUCUGGGGAAUAAUACCACUGCCACCACCGCCGUCGUAGCCGUCGCACCACAAUGUUGCCUUACAACACAAUCCACGAAGCAGCCACCGCGCUCGGUAGGAACCUCACGUACGCCGAGACAAUCUGGUUUAAUUACUCUGCUCAGAAGUCCGAUUACUUCCUCUACUGUCAUAAUAUUCUCUUCCUCUUCCUCCUAUUCUCCGUCGUCCCUGUACCUCUCGUCGUCAUCGAGGUUCUUCGAUCCCUUGGUUUUGACAAGUACAAGAUUCAGCCCAAGGUUCGCUUGUCGGUUUCUGAGAUACUCACUUGCUACAAGGAUGUUAUGAGAAUGUUCUUCCUCGUCAUUGGUCCUCUCCAGCUCGUAUCGUAUCCUUCUAUUCAGAUGAUUGGGAUUAGAACAGGGCUGCCAUUGCCAUCUGGGUGGGAGAUUGCUCUUCAAUUGUUCGUUUAUUUUGUGGUGGAGGAUUAUACAAACUAUUGGAUCCAUAGAUUUCUGCAUAACAAAUGGGGUUAUGAGAAUAUUCACAAAGUGCAUCAUGAGUUCACUGCUCCAAUUGGAUUUGCGGCUCCGUAUGCUCACUGGGCAGAGGUUUUAAUAUUGGGUAUCCCAUCUUUUCUCGGGCCGGCUAUUGUUCCAGGCCAUAUGAUCACAUUCUGGUUGUGGAUAGCUUUAAGGCAGGUUGAGGCGAUUGAUACUCACAGCGGGUACGACUUUCCGUGGAGCCCCACCAAAUAUAUUCCAUUCUAUGGAGGUGCUGAGUAUCAUGAUUACCAUCACUAUGUUGGAGGACAGAGUCAGAGCAACUUUGCUUCAGUUUUCACCUACUGUGAUUUCAUUUAUGGAACUGACAAGGGCUACCGAUAUCAGAAGAAGAUCCUCAAUAAGUUGAAAGAGGAAACACAGAAUGGAGGAUCAUACAAUAGUUCAAGUCAAGGUCUAAAGUCUGAUUAGUGAGGAUUUCAGAACCCUGUUGGUAACGAUCUGAAAAGCUCUCUGAUUUCAAGUUGACAUCUCUUUGGUAGUCCAGCAAAAAAAAAAAAAAAAUAUUAGAAACCUUUAGUGGGUCUUUAUGGCGAUUAUUAACAUGGGGUUGUUCAAAACUGUGAUAAGAUGUAGUCUGGGGGAGAUUUCAUAGUUUAAGGUUGUAACAUUAGAUUCAGAGUUCAGACUUGUCCAUCUUCUUUGGAGAGUAUGUUCAAAUCAUAAUAUCAAAAAUCAGAUCCGGGCUACUGUGUUUGAUGUUAUGUUAAAGUUAUAGCUUCCAGUUCAUAAGAAAUUUAAAAAAUGCACAUUUUCCAUUGA